GAACAAUAAAAUACAGACCGUCAGAGGGAUUUGUGGCCAUUUCGUUUUCUUUUCUGUAUAAGCAGCAUAACUGGAGGAAGAGUGCUUUUAAAACAUACGCAUAAAAAAGGAUAAAAGGAUAAAGAUCUUGAGAAGUUGCUCUGUUUAUGCAAUGUUCUCUGAGUAACUGGAAAACAGAGAUAAGUGCAGCGGGCAGUGCAUGUCUGAGAAGUCCAUCUUACAGAAUGGAGGGCUGUGUCAUUUCACCUUCAUCAGAAGAGAUGAUUGCGUAUGAUCAAGUUUGUCGGCCACCAUAUGACUUUUAUCCGUACCUGUCCAGUGAUCCAGAUGGUCAUUUUGAGAGUAGCUGGGACUACCACACUGUUCAUGCUCACCAGAGUGAGCUGGAGGUCCCUCAGAGUAAUUACUUAACAGAACUGCAUCCUGCCCCACAUUGCUGUGUUGGUCUGGAGUCAUACCACCCCACUCUGGAUUCAGGCCUAGGGCCACUUCUGCCUGGGGUUCCUCCUCAGUUUGCGUACGUCUCUCACCCGCUGUACCAGCGCUCCACUCCUGGCCACUGCAGCACAGACGAUGAGGAUGCAGUGGGACGCAGCCCGCCCUUUGAGGUGUCUGAGGGGGAAGAGGACCAUGAGGAUCAGCACGCAAGCACCUCCAGCACCAUGACAGGCAACAAAAGAAAAAUGCGCCUCUAUCAGUUCCUCUUGGAACUACUAAGAGAUGGGGAUAUGAAAGACUGCAUUUGGUGGGUGGACAGAGAGAGAGGCACCUUUCAGUUCUCUUCCAAACACAAGGAGGCUCUAGCCAGCCGCUGGGGGAUGCAGAAGGGCAACCGGAAAAGAAUGACCUACCAGAAGAUGGCCAGGGCCCUACGCAACUACGGCAAGACGGGAGAGGUCAAAAAGGUCAAGAAGAAACUGACAUACCAGUUCAGCAGUGAGGUGCUGAGGAGGAUGUCAGCAGAGAGGAAGUAUCACUAAGAGAAAGAAAGGAUUGCCACUGCACUGGGCUGCAAAACGUCUGCAGAACAUCAAGGUCUAUUUUCCUCUAUAGUUUGUCUCAGGGACUCCACACUAGAUAAAUACUUCUAGGACUAUUUUUAAGGAAAAUAUAUAUAUAUAUAUAUAUUAUUUUGUUUUCUCAUGUACAGAAAGCUGGAGCUUAUAAAAUAUGAGAAAAAAAAAUGCUUGACAGACUUAAGCUUCAUAAAUUGUUUCAUAACUCUACAGAAGUUUAUCUUAUCCCUAAAGGAAGAAUUAGGAGUACACUGGUUUGACUUAAAAUGUCUCUGUAUUAAUUGGAGCACCUGGAGAUCUAACUUCCUGCUUUUGUCAACUUGCUGUUUGUACAUUUACAAUUUAAUGUACUUAUUAAACAAUUGGUUAAUAGUUCUUAUGACAGACGCAGUGCAAAGUAAUGUUAUUUUGUUAAUUAAGAUAAAGUGUUCAGUGAAAUCUUAAAGUAAGAGGUGUCCAAUCUUAUGCACAAAAGGCAAAUGGUGCUGCAGGUUUUCCAAUCAAGCAGGAGCUCACCUGAUUCCACUAGUUUAAUCAACCAACUGAUCAGGGGUGCGCCUGCUGUUUUAGAAAGAAAACAUAACACACCUGUUUUAAGUGAUACAUAUGCUCAAAUAAACAAUCAUAGACCAUAAUAUCGCUAACCCUGGGUGAUAUUGGUGAGCUUGGUCAUUUGAUCUUACUCACUAAAAGGAGGCAGAAUUACCAUCAAAAGCUACAACACAAACCUAAAAAAUCUUCAUCAACUUGGUAAGAGCCCCCUGAAAAAAAAAGGCUGAUGCCAGUGUGGCAGAUGGAACCAGACAGGAAGGUAGAUCUCCAGGAAGCAGGGGGGUGACCGCUAGAUUGGAGAACUUGUUGUGUACUGCCCCCUAUAUGUUUAACAUGUAUACUGCACACAGAAGUCCAGUACAUUUUCACUCUUGAAUCUCUGUGUGAGAAAAGGUUCUUGGAUGUUCAGUGAUAACAGGGAAAAAAGUUAGAGACAUAGCUUUUUAUUUAUGUUUUAAACAAAUACAACUAUACAUCUUUGAGAAUCUAAACUUAAUGGCUUUUGUGGUGGUUUGUUGACGUUUGAUUUUUAAAAAUUUCACUAAAAGAAUAAAGUAAAACUGAAAUGAGCAAGGUGAAA